CAAUCCGCGGGAGUGGUGCGGUCUCUUCUUCGCGCGUAAGAAGUCUGGGAAGCAGCGCAUGGUGAUCGAUUGCCGCUGGGCCAACUGCAGGUUCCGGCAGCCCGCCACCGUUGCGCUGGCAACAGGCUCAGCACUGGGAGAGCCGCCCGUGCCGGGCGGGGAGCAGCUGCGCGUGGGCCACGUGGACAUCUGCGAGGCCUUCCGCGACUUUUUCGCCCUGCCGUCGGUGAAGGCUUGCGGCGUGGGGCUACUGGGCCUGGGCGGGCAGCAGCUGGGGCCGGUCGCUAGCGUUUGGCCAGUCUUGGCGGUGCUCCCGAUGGGUUGGUCGCACGCGCUGCGCUGGUGCCAGACCAUGCGCAGGGGCAUCGUGACAUCGAUCCCCGAGCUGAGCGAGGUGCCCUUCAUCUUGGACAAAGGCGUGGCGCCGCUGGUGCAUCCGCUGGCUAUGACGAAUUAUGCUGUUGAUGUCCUGGCCCUGGGCGCCGAUCCCAAGGUGGACUCGUUCUCAAGCUUGCUGGGCAUGAUUCCUUGGAGCAUGCAGGUGUCCUGGAGCUCUAAGGCGAUGCGUGCUGACGCGUCCUUCUUGGGCAUUGGGCUGGUCUGCAAGGACUUCGACGAGAUCCUCGCGGGCUUGGCGGGGGUCUUCUCGGAGCGGUGGCGUCUCUUGGGCGGCGCACGGGCGCGGUCGAGGGCUUGGGCAGGCAUCGCCACUGGGCCGCCAGGGGGAAGUUCGAAGACCUCGCGCAGGGGCGUCUCGGGGCCGCCGGAAGGGAUUUCGAGGACCUCGCUCGGGAGCUCCGAGGACUUCCAGCGCGUCGUCGGCGCGGAGGAGGCCGGCGUGGAGGCCCGCCAGUUGGCGUCUGCGGCGCCCUUCGCGCUGCGGCGGCGCACGUUGCCGCGGCCGGCCUGCGGCCAGGGGCGCGCCGGCUACCCGGCGAGUGCAACUUCGCGGGCGGUCCGUCGCGAGGACUGCGGCGCGCUGGCUGCGCCCGGGACGGAGGCGUCGGCGCUGACUGGCUUUCGACGCCCACCCCGGGCGAGGCUUGCCGCCGCGGUGCCGAUGUCGCAGGGGUUGCCGCGUGGAGCGGCCACAUCGACGCCAGCGCUGAAGCGGCUGUUCGUCGACCCCCAGGUCGGCUGUCCGCCGCGCUUGGAGUCGAGCGGCACGACGGCCGCCCACGGGGUCAAGAGGCGGAAGUUGACACGGCGCAGUGUCAAGGUGGCCCAAGCUGGCUCGCUGGAUGCGCUCCGCCUGAGCACGGUGCGCACGCUGACCACGAGGAGCCGAUGCCAGCAGCUGGCCGACGAACUCGACGCGUGGUUGGAGGAGCAGGGACUGGCGCCGCGGCCGAGGUUCUCGAUCCACGACCGCGAGGUGACGGCUCUUCCCGGGGCGGACGCGGCGGCGCUCGACCUCGGCCUCUCCGAGUGGAUGCUGGGACAGUACUUGGAGGGCGUCGACCACUGGCGCGGGGUUCAGAUGCUGGCCGCCCUGCAGUGGAGCGACCCGCGGCUCGGCCGCGACGGGUCCGCUCGGCUGCCUGCGGCGCGGCAGUCGCUCCGCGGAUGGAAG